UGGAACAUACCAGAGCAUUUCCGGUAUUCGCCAACGCCAAUAACGCCAACGCAAAUAACGCCAACGCCAAUUACGUCAACCGUGGAGAACAACAACUUCCACAAUCAUGUUCUUUGUGCGCCAUGGUUGGACACAAACCAAGCAGAUGCCCCUCAUAUUCGACACCUCAACAGCGCAAACUUCGUCUAUUGGAACAAAGCAGAUGUUUGAAGUGCCUCCAGCAAAGUCAUACGACAGAGCAAUGCCAGCGAUCUUUUAUUUGCCGUCAGUGUGGAGGCGACGACCAUCACUUCCUUAUUUGCAUACCACCGCAGGCAAAAAUCGACUAUCCAACUCCUCAAGCGGUCUCAUAUGCACCACGUCUAGCUUUGCAAUCUUCGGUUCAAUCGCCAACACCACCGGCAAGAUCAGUGCAACAGACAGUUUCCAAGAUGCCUCAACGCCAAACACCACCGCGCCGAAAUGA